AUGUCCUGCUACGACCUGUGCCCACCCAAGAACUCCUACUCCGACCUGUGCCCACCCAAGAACUCCUGCUACGACCUGUGCCCACCCAAGACCAGCGUGGCUGUGCCCCAGCCCAUCGCUGAGAGCUGCAACGAGCUGUGCGCCCGCCAGUGCCCCGACUCCACGGCCUUCAUCCAGCCGCCCCCCGUCGUCGUCACCUUCCCCGGCCCCAUCCUCAGCUCCUUCCCCCAGCAAGCCGUGGUGGGCUCCGCCGGAGCCCCCGCCUUUGGGGGCUCCCUGGGGCUGGGGGGCCUCUACGGCGCCGGGGCCACCCAGGGCUCGGGGGGCCUCUGCACCUUUGGCAGAGCUCCCGCCUGCAGCCCUUGUGUCCUGCCCCGCUCCUCCAGGAGGAUCUGGGACUUCUACGGGCCCUACUAA